CGGGGACAUGUGACCAACGGUCGCGGGAAGUCCUUUGCCACGCGCGUGAUAGGAAGAGGUUUUUUCAGUUCUUGACUCAUUCAAAGUGUUUUUUGUAAACAUUGGUGAGGUAUUCUCGUGGAAAGACGUGGUUAUCUGACUCGGGGAACAAUUUAAAGAAGGUGAAGGGUUCUGGAACUCGACGGAUACGGUACUUUGAGGUUAGUUUGUGAGCUAACGAGCAACUUUGGACGACGCUGCGUGGAUGGGCGUGUAGCAGUUAGCAAACAAGCUAGCUUUAACACUUCCACGCACGUUUUUUGACUUUUUUUUUACAACUUUACCUUCACUUUAAGGUACUUACAGUUGUUUUUAAGUGGUUUAAUCUCCAAUACCACACUUUCAGAAUAGUUAAGGGACUCAACCGCGUGCUUUUCCCGUCGACGAAGCUGGGGUUUAAACCCUGAAAAUGUCGGACUACCGCCGCCACAGACACGGAUCCCCCUCCCCGAAGAUCCACCCAAUCCGGCAGAAACUGCAGUUCACAUCCAGCGAUGGAGAGGACGAUCUGAUUGAGGACGUUAAUAACAGCACAGGAGGAGAAUCUGGCUUCACAGAGAUGGACUCCCCUAUGCCAGUUCGCAGGGACACCGUGGACAAGCGCCUGGAGGAGAGCAGCAGCAGCCCCCUGAACCAGACCAGCGGGGACGACGACGUGGAGCUGUGGGACGAGGAGAGUUUAGGUUCCCCGUCUCAUCUGCGGUCACCGAGCAGUGUUAUCUUUGCAAACUGCUCGCCGUCUCCGAGGAAGAUGUCCCGGCUGUAUGGAGGGUCACCUGAGAGGUCCUAUGUGCAGGACGACGGAGAAGGAUCCAGCUCCCCGAUCCCAGACUGUCCCGACACACCUCCGCACAAAACCUUCAGGAACCUGCGGCUGUUUGAUACACCACACACACCAAAGAGCUUGUUGUCCAGAGCGAGAGGCUCCGGUCCGGGAUCCUCCAGAAGAGUCGCCUUGUUCAAGAAUGUGGAGCCCGCUGGAAAGUCAAUCACAGACAGCAGCAGGAGACAGCAGACCCCUCUAGUCAACUUUAACCCCUUCACCCCCGACUCCCUCCUCAUACAGUCCGCCACACAGCAGAGGAACAACAGGAAGAGGGCGCACUGGAACGACUCCUGCGGUGAAGACAUGGAGGCGAGUGACGGAGAGGGAGAGGAAGAAGUGCUGCCGCCGUCCAAGAGAAUCACCAUGAUGGAGAGCAACAUGAUGUCCCGGUACGCCUCCGAGUUCCUCGAGCUGGAGAAGAUCGGCUGCGGCGAGUUCGGCGCCGUGUUCAAGUGUGUGAAGAGACUCGACGGCUGUAUCUACGCCAUCAAGAGAUCGAAGAAACCUCUGGCGGGAUCCGUAGACGAACAGAACGCCCUGCGGGAGGUGUACGCCCACGCCGUGCUGGGCCAGCAUCCCCACGUGGUGCGCUAUUACUCCGCCUGGGCCGAGGACGACCACAUGCUCAUCCAGAACGAGUACUGCAACGGCGGCACGCUCUCGGACGUCAUCACGGAGAACUACAGGCGGCUCAGCUACCUGACGGAGCUGGAGCUGAAGGAUCUGCUGCUGCAGGUCACACGGGGACUCAAAUACAUCCACUCCACCUCUCUGGUGCACAUGGACAUCAAACCUAGCAACAUAUUUAUCUCAAGGAAGACGGUACCAAGCUGUGACGAGUGUGACGACGAUGAAGCUCUGACCACCAGUGUUAUCUAUAAAAUAGGUGAUCUCGGUCACGUGACUCGAGUCAACAACCCUCAGGUGGAGGAGGGAGACAGCAGAUUCCUCGCCAACGAAGUCUUACAAGAGGAUUACAGUAACCUGAGGAAGGCAGACAUCUUCGCUCUGGCUCUGACGGUCGUGAGCGCCUCGGGGGCGGAGCCUCUUCCCACCAACGGAGACAAAUGGCACGAGAUCCGACAGGGCAGACUCCCCGCCAUCCCUCAAGUGCUCUCACAGGACUUCCUGAGUCUCCUCAAGCUGAUGAUCCACCCUGAUCCCAGCAGACGACCCUCGACCUCCGACCUCAUCAAACACCCGGUUCUCCUAACGGCCGCCAGGAUGAGCGCAGACCAGCUCCGAGUCGAGCUCAACGCAGAGAAGUUCAAGAACGCACUGCUGCAGAAAGAGCUGAAGAAGGCCCAGCAGGCCCGAGCAGCAGCCGAGGAGAAGGUUCUAUCCACCGACCGAAUCCUGACCCGCUCCACGCUCCAGUCCAACCCCAGAAACUCCAGACUCAUCGGGAAGAAGAUGAACCGAUCGGUCAGCCUCACCAUCUACUGAGACUUUGACCCCAAACAGGAAGGCUCACGGACCUUUAAAAUGAAACCUGUUCAGAACAGAACCGGUCUGUCUUGUCGUCGUUGUUGGCGGGGAGACAGACGCCUGUCAGUCGAGGUGUUGGGCUCCUGAGCCCAGUCAAAGCUGUGUAGACUGUUACCUUACUGGAAAUCAACCCACCAAGACUCCCAGACUUUUUCAGAUGAACUUAAAAACAUUCCCUUUAAAGGUAGCUACCGUACCUUUCCUACACUCGGUCAUUCCUUCAGUUUGAACAGACGCCGGGCUCCGCCUCCGUCUCUGUCCUUGCACUUCCCUCGACAACGAUCAGAAGCUGCAGUGAAGCUCUCUCCUUCAGUGUGAAUGUACUCGCCGCACCUUACUGCCUGUCAAACGCCUGACGCUGGGUACCGGAGGGUCUGAGAACUGACUGAGGGUUCUGUUUGUAAAGGAGCACUUUGGAGGCAACGCGUUGGAUUUUGCCGGAAGAGAAAAAAAAACUGCUGCUAUUGAUGUUUUUGUGUGUAUCAGGGUUUGGCCAGUUUCAGGUUGGAUCGUUCUUGAGGUCAUUGGCUCUUAUUUUCACGUAGCAGGAGUCCGCUCAUGUACACGUUUUACUUCCGGGUAGAAUAGAAGCUGGAUCAUGCCGUUCCUAGAGAAUCAUCCAGUGAAUCUGCUAAUCCAUGAUCAGUCCUGUUUGUUUGGAUCCUUAGUGUUUGAACCCCCCCUGUUGAUCGGUGCGGCCAACCCUGCCUGUAGCAUUAGAACAAUCACUGUCCUGUUCUCUGGAUCCUCACAUGUUCCUCUUAUCUUUAUGUUUCUCCCAUUAGACUCAUCUUCAAUUACCGUUAAGAGAAAAACCCUCUGUUUGUUCCUGUAACCUCUAACAUGAAUCUUUGUUGUUUUGUAAAUAUGUUCUUUUAAUAAAUUCUCACUUCCCAAAUA